GCUCGGGCCCUCUUGUUUUUCCUUGAAUACUUGAGGGAAAGUAGUUUUGGUUUAUUUCAUCUGCAGCCCUCAAGAGCAUGGAGAGCACUUGGCGGGUUUGCGUUUGCUUGUACUGCUGCCUGCCCUGGCUCUCUGCUGGCACCCAGGGCUCCCCCAGCCCCAGGGGCCGGGGGGGCUCCGAGGAUGCCCCAGGGUUUUUGGCGGCUCCCGAGGACGCUGCCAGCGAGCUCAGCGCGGUGCUGCGGCUGCCCCAGGGCGGGGAGCCAGCCCAAGCCCUCCUGCCCCCCCUGCUGAAGGUGCUGCGCGACCGCGGCCCCCGCGGCUGGCACAGCGAGGCGCCGCGGCUGCGGCCGGACUCCAGGGCCCUCCGGUACAUGAAGAGGCUGUACAGGAUGUCCGCCACCAGGGAGGGCAUCCCCCGGGCGCGGCGGGGCCGCCUCUACAACACGGUGCGGCUCUUCGCGCCGUGCUGGGAGUGCGAGCGCCGCCGCGGGGGCUCGGGCACAGGAGACGUUCACUCGGUGGAUUUACUCUUCAACUUGGAUCGUGUUACUGCUCUGGAGCACUUACUCAAGUCUGUCUUGCUCUAUUCCUUUGACACAUCUGUUCCCAUUUCCUCUUCCAUUACCUGCAUAUGCCAUUUAUCCCUUAAGGAACGUGAUUUUUCCAGCCAAGUUUGUCCCAGCAUUUCCCACUCUCUAGCCUUUAGCCUGCACUUUGACGUUAGGAAACGCAAAUGGGUGGAGAUGGAUGUGACUUCUUUCCUCCAGCCUCUGAUUGCUGCCAACAGGAGGAACGUGCACAUGGCUCUGAACUUCACUUGUCAGACGGGUGACCCACAACGGAGCACGGAACUGGAAAACGCUGUUAACGUGACACUGGUUCCCCCUUCCCUUCUGCUGUAUUUGAACGACACCAGCGAGCAAGCUUAUCACCGGGGGAGCUCACUCGGGCACGGGAGGAAAAGCAGCAGCCCGCUCGCGGAUCCUCCAAAGGGUGACAAAGGACAGGGCAACCCCCGGGGCAAAAGGGCUUCUCGGCGGCGGAGGAACGAGAACCCGAAAGCGGCCCCAGCCGCUUCACCUCACAGCCUGAGAGAAUACCCGGAGCAGUUUGUGCUCCCCCAGCACGAGUGCGAGCUGCACAGCUUCCGCCUGAGCUUCAGCCAGCUGCGCUGGGACCGCUGGAUCAUCGCCCCGCACCGCUACAGCCCGCAGUUCUGCCGCGGGGACUGUCCCCGCGCCCUGGGCCAGCGCUACGGCUCCCCGGUGCACGCCAUGGUGCAGACGCUCAUCUACGAGCGCCUGGACCCGGCCGUGCCGCGGCCGUCGUGCGUGCCGGCCGCCUACAGCCCGCUCAGCGUGCUCACCGUGGAGCCCGACGGCUCCAUCGCCUACAAGGAGUACGAGGACAUGAUCGCCACCGGCUGCACCUGCCGGUAGCGGGGCUGCGCUCUCAAACACAGCUUUUAUUUCUGCAUCCUCGAGAGAUGCUGCUACAACCGACUGAGCGGCGCUGCUGCAGCUCCGGGAGCUGGGAUUUAGCACGGAGUUGGCAGAAGGGGUUCACAUCAGAGCACUGAUUUUUGUACUCACUCAGCCUUUCUGGGAUGUGCAAUUAAAUGUAAAUAGUGUCUUUUUAUGGGGAGAAUUUUGCAUUUAAAAUUGGGGAAAGGAUUUCAACUACUAAAUGUCUAUUUUUAAGCUGCUUUGUUACAGAUUUAAAAAAAAAAAAGAGAAGAGAAAUAAAUGGCUGUCACAUAUACCUUGACAUGCAGUGCCUGCUACUCUGCCUCUUCAGAAACCUUGUGUGUGGUAACUCCAGCAAUUACUAGGAAGAGAAGAAAGUAUUUAUUGUUAGAAUUAUUUCUUCUGUUUUCCUCUUUCUCUCCCACAUUCCAGCUCUUCCAAGCAGGAUCACAAAACCCUUUCUCACAGUUCUAUAAAGAAUUACCAGGUUGUUUUUUGCUUUUCUGCUGUUGCACUCCUUGGGCUUUCACAGCUAAAAGAAGGGUAAGAAUUUAAGGGCAGGGCUGGGUAAUUUGUGAACACUUAAUUCAAAUUCAAGGCACUAUUUUGGUAACAAUUGGCAUCAGGUAAGGCAGCUGUCUAUGGGGUGAGGGCAGAGGAUUGUCCACUGGAGCCACACUGCCACUUGCUUCUGAGGUAGGAAGGAUUGUUUAAAGAGCUUAAUCCCCAAAAAUGGCUUGUAAAAGCCUUUAAUGUGUUGAUGUAAAUGCUGUUCAAUGGGUUUAAUAUUCUGAAAUGUGGGGCCACCACUUUGUUUCCUUUCACAAUGAAACUGUAGGUAACAAGUGCUUCAACUCUAGAUGCUUUCACACACAAAUUUUUACUGUAAUUGAUUUAUUAUGAUUUAUUUUCUCCUGCUGCACUUGGGGUUCAUACACAAAACCUCUCAGCUUUAGUGGGGAUUUUUCUUGUUUGUUAAUUAAAGGCUGUGGAGCAGCACUAUCUCGUAAAACUUGUUCAGAACAUCCUUUAACAUUGUCUUCCUAAUGGAUUAAUAAAUAAAUGCUGUAACUUUCUGCACUAAGCCACCCAACCUUAGCUCCUGAGCAAUUCCAGAGGCUGGGAAUUGGGCCUGGCAGGGCAGGGACUGCUCCCGAGGAGCUGCUGUGAGGUUUGACAGUUCACUGAUUGUGCUGAACCCGUGGAUGUCAGGGUGUCCUGCAGGCACAAAUCUGCCCGAAAAGUGAAGAUCCUGCUCCAGGUUUCAGUCUCUGCCUGCUGAAAUCCAAGUGGUUGACACCAAAAGCUAAAACAGAACCUUGGAGUCACAUAAAACCCUCCUGGUCCCAGCACUGUGGGUGGUUGGGUGAGUUUGGGUUGUUUCACUCCUGCCCUUCAGACUCCGGGGAUUUGCCUUUGCUCAUGUGCCAGAGAAGAAAAUAAAUGGAAUUGUUUCCUCAGCAAAUCCUUCUAAUUAUGGUGAAAUGUCUAAUGUAGUCCAAUAAUCUUAAUAUAUUCUAAUAUUUCAUUAAUGGGGAUCAUAUUUAAUACAGUCUAAUAUUUCUAAUAGUAAUAUAUUAAAUAUGUGUAAUAUAUUGUAAUAAUUCCAAUAAUGUUGAACCUAAUAUAUUCUAAUAAUAAUUCCAACAAUGUUGAAGGUGUUUAACAUAUUCUAACAAAUCUAGUAUAUUGUAAUAUUAGUUUAAAUAAUGGCAAAUAUGUGUGUUAUAUCAUAAUGAUACAAAUAAAGUUGAA